AUGUCACACAGCAAAAGAAACACCUCCCUCGCCUUCUUCACAUCCCAUGAGCGCGAGGAGCUCAAAGCCCACUGGGGCUCGAAGUCUACUCGCCUGACCCGAGACUCAUUCUUACCUUUCGGCAGCUGCCAGCUCUGUUUACUAUCUGCCCGCGACCCUGUCGCAUGUCCCAGCCAUGGCCACCUCUUCUGCCGCGAAUGCGCAGUCAGCAAUCUGCUCGCCCAAAACCAAGAGCUAAAGCGGCUGAAGAAGGAGAGCGAGAGGAGGCAACUAGAGGAUGAAGAGGAGCGAAAUCUGAACGAGGAGACCGAUAAGGCAAAGGCAUUGGAGGAAUUUGAACGCACUCAGGCGGGCUUUACUUCGAAUGGCGUGAAGAGGAAGCGGCAAGCUGAUGUCGAGGACGGGUUCAAGCAUGGCACUGGCGACGAGAAGGCUUCAAAACGACGAGCUUCCGACAAGCAAGGCGCGGGCGAAGAGUCUUCCUUCUGGGUGCCGAGCAAGAUUCCAGACAAUAAGAAAGCGGAUGUGAAGACUAUCAAGGCCCAGCCCACUUGUCCUGCUGCAGCAGCAGACGAACAACAUCCCUUCACGUUGAAGACGCUGGUCGCAGUCAACUUCUCCGAGGACGACAGAACGGGCGACAAAAAUGCUCCGUCUACAGCAGAAGGAAAGGUGCGGGCAUGCCCAAGCUGCGACAAGGCCCUCUCAAACUCGACAAAAGCUGUUCUGGCGAAGCCUUGUGGACAUGUAUUAUGCAAGCCAUGCAGCGACAAGUUCCAGCGGCCGCCGGAGAAGACGGCGCACGAGGAGCAUGACGAGACGGUGCGGUGCUAUGUCUGUCAGGAGGAUGUCACGCCAGGUCGGAAGGUGAAGCAGAAGGAGGGGAAGGAGAAGGUAAAGGUGGAGCGAGGGCUGGUAGAGUUGAGUUCCGAUGGAACUGGGUUUGCGGGUUCCGGUAAGAACAUGGUGAAGAGGCAGGGCGUAGCGUUUCAGUGCUAG